CGAUUACCAGAAUAUAGUUUUUUGUGUGUUUUUCUUUUAAUCAAUCUCAAUUCUGAUGAAGAUUCAACAAUUAAAACAUUUUAUAAAUAAAGCAUAGUAUUAUAUUUUGAUAUUUAACAAACGAAAAUAUCAUGAUAAGUGAAUUUGUCGAAAAAGACAUAUGAAUUUAAUUUUUAUUCAAAAUGAAAUUUGUAAAUUUAUGCAAGUACGAACACUCUUUGGAGCAACCAUGCAGCCCUUCUCUCCUAUUUUACUACGUCCAAUUUAUAUUUUUACUCGUUCGUUGCAUUUUGACAAUUAAACAUCAAAUAGUGAGUGGAGAUUGAAUUGAUUUUUAAAAGUUAUUUACCUUUGUGUUGAAAAUAAUACAUAAAACAUCCUUUGACAUAAUAGUAAAGCAUUAAUAUUUGAAUAGAAAAAUAGGAAAAACUGAACUAAAACAGCAUACGCCUAACAGCAAAGUCAGUUGCAGCACAAAGAGGAAAGAAACUUACAACAACAACGAGUUAGACGAGAGCAAAAUAAAGAUAAUUUUUGGUGUUUUGUGUAUUAUACAUAUGUGUUGCGUAGUGAAUCAGCUAGAAUAUUUCUGCUCUGUGCUGGUUUUUAGGUAAUUUCACAAAAGACACAAAUUUACUAAAUGACGUGAUGAACAUAUAUAUGAAAGUAAUAUAAAAACAUAGAACUUUUGAGCAUUGCAUAUUAUUGAGUCGUAACGGGAAGCAGUUAGGAAGCACCCUGUGUAAGCAUAAAAUAGCAAUAAAAACAUAUGAAUAUAGCAGAAUAAGCAAUCGCAGAAAACGGGAAACAUGGUUCGGUUUUGCUUGACUGUUGUGUGAAGUAAGCUGAUUCAAAUAAUACUAGCAGCAGCAAACGAAGAAGACGACUGCAGGCAGUAGAAUAUAUUCAUCAUCAAGUUAUAUUUCACGCGCAGCGAAACUGACAAUAGACGGUAGCAGCAGCAGCAAGCACUAGCAACAAGAGCAGUCAGUUUUCUAACUAAAGUCGUCAGUGCUAAAGACAUAAUAUACACGUAUAUUUGUCAACUAUUAUUCCUACUGCCGCUAUAUUAAAAUUUAGUAUUUAAGAUAACAAAAAAAGGGCAGAAAUACACGGAAUAAAAGCUAAACGUUUUGUGUGUAGAUAGAGCCGAAAAAAUGCAACAAGAUUGCAGUGAAGAAAGUUGGCUGGAAGAGCAAUGUCAUCGGGAGAUCAACGCCCAACACGACGAGCACGAACGCGACUACGUAAGGAAUCGUGAUAGUGCCUUAAGUAAUGUAUGGGGUGCAUUUCAGGAUUCAGCCACAGCAGUGGCACAUCUUUACAGAGAACGUUCUUCAAACACGUAUCCUGAUACAGGUGCAUUAUGGCUUCCAUUUCAAACAGCUGCAGGCACUGUAACCACACUAUACAAAGAAGCAUGUGAUGGUGUCAAGCGAACCAGUGACUCAGCUGUUCAGUGCGGCUAUCAGCGGCGUACACGUGAAUUGGCCGAUUGGGCCAGGAGUAAAAAACGUCGUAUGAUACGUCGCGAGGAUCUUUUAGCCUAUUUGGCUGGCAAGCCGUUAACAAAUACUAAUCGUCGUUCACCAAAGCCAGAACAUUCGCACAAUCACUCAAACACCGGUGCUGUGUUCAAUACAAACGCUUCACACCAUACACCGCCUCAUAUAUACAGCUCACAUCACCAUCACGCUCAGCAUCAGAAUCAUCAUCAUCAAGCAGUCGGCGGUGGUGCUACUAAUGAGCCAACAAAUGAUUUGCACACAUUCAAAGAAGCGCUUGUCUUGCGGCCACGUGGGCCCGAACUAUUUGCAUUUGUUGCCAACGAAAUCGCCCGUCACUGCAAACGUCCAGCCAGUCCCAUCGAUGAUAAAAUGGACAUCUGCCAUUAUAGCAGUAAACGACAGCGUUUCAUGUAGAAAUUUUUAAUUUAACUCAACAAUGGUAGUGUUAAAGCAAUUUACGCAUAAUUAACCAUUUAAAUGGCAGUCACAGGCAGUAGAAAGGAUAUAUAGUUGCGAGAGUAAAAUUCAUAAAAAAAACUGCAAAAAUAAUUUCUAACAUCUCAAGGAAAUACGAAAACUAUUCAAUACACACAAUAUUAUAAUCAUAUUCGGCAAUUAGUAGCGAAAAGAUUUGGCAAAACAAAAAUAUUGAAUUUGGUACUAAAAAAACAAAAGUGCGCGAUAUGCCCGUUUAUUACAUGAACGCUUAACGUUACUUCUACACGAUAUAUCCUAAAGAAAUAUACAUAUAUAACAAAAAUACAACUGCUAGUGCGCGAAUUUACAAAAAAAAUUUUUAUUAUUUCCUUUUACUCUGAUAAUAACACUUUCGUAGAUACCAGUAGAGUAACUUAAAAAUAUUAAUAUUAUAUAUACUUUUUCACUGUAUAGAAAAGAAAGCUUAAUCAAUAUCAAAAUUAUUGAAUUAAUUAUAUUUUAUAAGUAUUAUUUGAAAACGUACAGUUCUUGUGGUCGAAAAUUAAAGUGAUACGCGCGUCAAAAUUAAAUUUGAAUUGAAUUUUGUUAAAAAAAAAAACAAUUAUUUUAUUACGAUUAUUCACAAUAAAUUAUAUAAUCACAAUAGCACGUGAUUCGUUUAAGCAUAGUCACUGAUAUUUAAAUGACGCUAUUUAAAUAAUCGCAUGCAGAUUGAGUAAAUGUGCUCGCCGUUCUAUUCAUAUACGUGUAAGUUCAAAUAUUUGAGUUUUUAAAUGAGUACAUUGAAAAUAAGUGAAGGUGAUUUAAACUAUGCACAGAAGUAUUUAGGAUUUAGUUUGUGGUUUGUUAAAAUUUGACUACGAUUUAGUUAUCUACUUGUACUAAGUGCUAUUAUUUAAGCGUUGGGAUAUAUUAUAUAUAUAUAAUAUCAAAAAGCUCUCAUAUUCACAUGCUAUUUAAGUGCGUUGUAAGCGUAUAUAAUUGUAUCAUUUAUAUGAUAAAUACAAUACGUGAAUAUAAGUAUAAAAUAAACAUUUUGUGAAGAGAAAUAAUAAUCUAAAGGAAACUAAUAA